UAUAUAUAUGCUAAAUAUUUUGCGUAAUUGUGAGGUAUAUCCGUAUAUAAAAGCCAGAGGACGCAACGAAUCAAAGCACAAAUUUUAUCUGUGGCUUUUAGAAACACACCAAAAAGUGAAAGAAAAACAUGGCUGCCGCUUCUUCUUCCACUAUCCUCUUCAAUCCGUUGACUUCUCAACUCUGCAACUCCAAGAAGAAGCCUUGCUCUGACCCUUCUGCCUCCACUCUCAAACUGGGUCUUUUUGGACACGCCACUAACACUGCCGCUGCAUCUCUGAGAUUCAAGAAGCCUAAGUAUGGGAAAGGAUACUCUUCUGGUUUCUCUGUUGUGUGUAAAGCUGUCUCGGUUAAGCCUGACACCGAGAUCGAAGGGCUUAACAUUGCUGAUGAUGUUACUCAGCUUAUUGGGAAAACACCAAUGGUGUACUUGAACAAUAUUGUGAAAGGCUCUGUUGCAAAUAUUGCUGCCAAGCUUGAGAUCAUGGAACCAUGUUGCAGUGUGAAGGACAGGAUAGGGUACAGUAUGAUUUCUGAUGCUGAGCAAAGAGGACUUAUAACACCUGGAAAGAGUAUUCUUGUGGAACCUACAAGUGGAAACACAGGCAUUGGCCUUGCCUUCAUAGCUGCCUCAAAAGGAUAUAGACUGAUCUUGACAAUGCCAGCAUCAAUGAGUUUGGAGAGAAGAGUUCUACUGAAAGCAUUUGGAGCUGAGCUUGUUUUAACUGAUUCAGCAAAAGGCAUGAAGGGGGCUGUUCAGAAAGCUGAAGAGAUUGUGAAAAGCACACCCAACGCCUACAUGCUUCAACAAUUUGACAAUCCAGCAAAUCCUAAAAUACACUAUGAGACAACUGGUCCAGAGAUCUGGGAAGACACCCGAGGCAAAGUGGACAUUUUUGUUGGAGGGAUUGGAACUGGUGGAACCAUAUCUGGAGUUGGUCGAUUCCUUAAAGAAAAGAAUCCCAAUAUUAAGGUUAUUGGUGUGGAACCUACAGAGAGCAACAUACUUUCCGGUGGAAAGCCUGGUCCUCACAAGAUUCAAGGGAUUGGAGCUGGUUUUAUUCCUGGGAAUUUGGACCAAGAUGUGGUUGAUGAAGUUAUAGAGAUUUCCAGUGAUGAAGCUGUUGAAACUGCAAAGCAAUUAGCCCUUCAGGAAGGCUUGUUGGUUGGGAUAUCUUCUGGAGCAGCAGCUGCUGCUGCAAUGAAGGUGGGGAGAAGACCGGAGAAUGCUGGGAAGCUGAUUGCAGUUGUCUUUCCAAGCUUUGGCGAGCGAUACCUCUCCUCGGUGCUUUUCCAAUCUAUUCGAGAUGAAUGUGAGAAAAUGCAACCUGAGCAAUGAAGUCCCCUGUAUUUUUUGAUGAAUAAAAACGGUUUUUCCAAUCAAUUGCUUGAAAUUCUUCAACUAUGAGUUAUGAAAGCAAUAAAAUUCUUGACUGGAAUUAUGCUGCCCUCUUUUAAUUGUUAGUGACAAUUCAGUACUGGGUGUUCUUGACAGGAAUUUUGCCGAACUUGGUAAUUAUGUUGCUCCAACUCUUCA